CUGCAAAAGUGCGGGAACAGAGCUAAAAUUUUGUUAUGUUUCUGCAUUAACCCAAAGCGGUAUCCGUCUUAAAAACUUAAAAUUUCAUUGAAAAGCUAUCUUUUACAAAAAUGUUAUGUCGACUGUGUCUAAAAGAAUCCAAUUGCUGUUUGGAAAUAUUUGAUGUCAAUGGGAAACAACUGGGGAUUGCGGAUAUACUGGAGCGGCAUUUCUGGUUUCAGCCCAAUCCUAAUGACUCCAUUUCGACGGUCAUAUGCCGCAUAUGCUGGCUGAAAGUAAGUGACUUUCAUCAUUUCUACUUGACAGUGGAACAGGCGCAUUCCCUACUAAAUAAUACCGAUGUGAAACACGAAACUGUCACCAUUGGCUUGGAUCAAGAGUUUGUUGAAAAUACUGUGCAAAUUAAAGAAGAGUUUUUAGAACAGCUACGUCAAACAGAAAACCCCGACGAAGCCAUUAAUCCGCUAUAUGAGUCGGAAUUUGAGGAUGCCGAAAGGGAGGAGGUGGAGGAAAACGGAAUAAACCAGAAAGUCAUCAAAGAAGAGUCAAGUGGCGCAUUAGAGGAGGCAGAAGGGUUUGCUCAACGUGUAAGAACAAUGGGACAAAAACGAAAAAUUGUUCGAAGAAAACCAACUGCAACCAGAAAAGUACCUAAAAAGGAAGUGGAAGAGGAGGACGAAGAUAGUGAAGGUGAAAAUGAUGAUGCUGAUGCUGAUGCUGAUGAUGAGCAGAAGCCAAAACGACAAAAGGUUAUUAAAUCAACGCCACAAGAUGACGCAAUGAUCAAAAAGCAUAUUGCCAUGGGUUGUGAAUUAUGUGCCUAUGUGGCUGAAGACUUCGCUGCAAUGAGCAAACACUUUCGGUUGCAGCAUCCAAACAUAAAACCUUACAUUCGUUGUUGUAAUAAGAAAUUAAACAAACGAUUUAAAAUAGUGCAACACGCGUAUAAGCACGAGGAUCCAGAUUUUUUUAAGUGCCAUGAAUGUCAAAAGGUAUUUUCCGAUCGGUAUACUCUAAAAUCCCAUAUGAUUGGCUCACAUGCACCUGAAGAAGAACUCAAUUUCGCCUGCGACCAAUGUCCUAAAAAGUUUUCCCGCAAACAUUUGUUGGAGUUGCAUAGACCCUCGCAUGUGCCUAUGAGUGAGCGCACUUUCAUCUGUGAUCAAUGUCCAAAUAGUCGUUUCGCUAGCAAUCACUUAUUGAAAAUUCACAUUAGCAUGCGUCAUCGUCGCGCAACGAACGUGUGUCAUGUGUGUGCCAAAGAGAUACGUGACAAAGCAUCAUUCGAGAAGCAUGUCCGUUUGCAUUUCGAAGAUAGUGGGCCGCGCGUUAAAUGCCCCCGACCCGAUUGUGAUCGUUGGCUUAAGGAUGAAGAAAAUCUGCGGCAACAUAUGCGACGUCACAACGACGAAGGAUUGGUGUUUACUUGCGACGAAUGCGGACGCGUUUGUAAGAACCGUCGUGCGCUGCGUAGCCACAUACACUACGUACACUCCAACGAAGUGUUCACCUGUGAGGAAUGCAAUAAAACAUUCAAGAAAGCUAUUACUUUACGGGAGCAUAUGGCACAGCAUACAGGUGAAAGUCUCUAUAAAUGCCCAUUUUGUACGCGAACUUUCAAUUCAAAUGCGAACAUGCACUCGCACAAGAAGAAGAUGCAUCCCGUUGAAUGGGAUGUUUGGCGCAAAACGAAGCAGGGAAGCUCACAACAAUUGAUAAGCAAGCAGCAGACUAUUUUGCGACUUUUCUUUGAACUGUGCCGUAUUGUUGGUGUUAAAAGCUUGUAUACCUUUUGCAAAACACAAAACUUUUUUAAUAUGUUAUGUAGGCUUUGCAUAAAAUACAGCGAUGGUUUUCUAAAUAUGUUUGACAGGAAUGGUGUGGGGCUAGGAAUUGCCGAUAUACUCGGCCGUCACUUCUGGUUCAAGCCGCAUCCAGAUGAUCAUAUGUCGGCGGUAAUUUGUUCCACCUGCUGGUUGAAAGUGAACGACUUCCAUCAAUUCUAUGUAACAGUGGAGCAGACACAUUCUACCCUCAGUAAUGAUGUCGUGAAGAAAGAGUCUUUCACCGAAUUAAUGGACAAUGAAUUUAUUGACCCCGAUUUGAGUAUUAAAGAAGAGUUUGCCGAAGUACCUUGCUUAUUAAGUACGGAAACAACGGGCAUUGAAAGUGAACAGCUAAAUCCAUUUUGUGAGUUGGAUUCUAAUAAAAUAGUGGACAACGAAUUUCAUGCACAAAGUGAAGAUGAAGACUCGAAUGGUGAAUACACAAAAACGGAAGACAACGCCGGAAGUAAAAACCUACCUUUGUCAAGUUGUACAUUGGAAAAGAAAGGAAAAUGUGUAACUCGAAAAUUGCCAGCACCUAGAAGAAUUGGUCGUAAUAAGCCAAAAGAAGGUGCAAAAGAUGUUAAUCAUGCUGAGGAAAUGAGAGAGAGAUAUAGCGUAAAGACAUCUCGGGAGGAUGAUGAAAUGGUAAAAAAAUAUAUACAAAUGAGUUGUGAACUUUGUACUUUUAUCAGCGAGGACUAUACCUCAAUAAGAAAGCAUUUUCAAAUACAACAUCCGAAGAUUAAAUCAUAUGUGCGCUGUUGUAAUAAAAAACUAUUCCAUCGACUUGAAAUUGUUCAACAUGCCUACAAACAUCAUGACCCCGAAUUCUUUAAGUGCAAAGUUUGCCAGAAACUUUUUUCCGAACAAGCAACACUAUCACGCCACAUGAUUGCCGCACAUGCACCGGAAGAAGAAUUGAAAUUCCACUGCGACCAAUGUCCUAAAAGAUUCUCACGACAAAAAAAGCUUGAACUCCAUAGGAAUUCGCAUGUACCGAAGAAUGAGCGAACAUUCAUAUGUGACCAAUGUCCCGACAGUCGCUUCGCUAGCAAUGAUUUAUUGAAAAUUCACAUUUGCAUGCGCCAUCGACGUGCAACAAACGUUUGUCAUGUGUGUGCUAAAGAGAUACGUGACAAAGCUUCAUUCGAGAAGCAUGUGCGCUUACAUUUCGAAGAUAGCGGUCCAAAGGUUAAAUGUACAAUGGAAGGUUGUGACCGUUGGCUUAAGGACGAGGAUAACCUUCGACGACAUAUACGAAGAUUACAUACCAAAGAGGAGAAAGCAGUACAGUGUGAUAUAUGCGGACGGGAAUGUAAGAAUAAGUGUGCAUUAAGUAAGCACAAACGCAGAGUUCACUCCAACAUCGUAUUCACCUGCGAAGAAUGUAAAAAAACCUUUAAACGAGCGAUUUACUUACGGGAACACAUGACGCAGCAUACUGGUGAAAUUCUCUACAAAUGUCCAUUUUGUACACGCACAUUCAAUUCCAAUGCAAAUAUGCACUCGCACAAAAAGAAAAUGCACCCCAUCGAAUGGGACAAUUGGCGAAAAACAAAUAAUGUGAGUUCGCAGCAUUUUAUGGAGCAGCAAAAAAGUUUACAAAGCUUGAAUGUUCCACCUAUCCAAAAUUCGAUAUAUCGACAUCGAAAAAUUUCCAUCGAUUUAUCGCACUCCAUCGGUUCCAUCGAUAAUAUCGAUGGUGCCAUCGAUGGUUUUCCCAGCUCUAUUGUAUACUUUUGCAAAACACAAAACUUUUUUAAUAUGUUAUGUAGGCUUUGCAUAAAAUACAGCGAUGGAUUUCUAAAUAUGUUCGACAGGAAUGGUGUGGGGCUAGGAAUUGCCGAUAUACUCGGCCGUCACUUCUGGUUCAAGCCGCAUCCAGAUGAUCAUAUGUCGGCGGUAAUUUGUUCCACCUGCUGGUUGAAAGUGAACGACUUCCAUCAAUUCUAUGUAACAGUGGAGCAGACACAUUCUACCCUCAGUAAUGAUGUCGUGAAGAAAGAGUCUUUCACCGAAUUAAUGGACAAUGAAUUUAUUGACCCCGAUUUGAGUAUUAAAGAAGAGUUUGCCGAAGUACCUUGCUUAUUAAGUACGGAAACAACGGGCAUUGAAAGUGAACAGCUAAAUCCAUUUUGUGAGUUGGAUUCUAAUAAAAUAGUGGACAACGAAUUUCAUGUGGCAGAUUCUAAUAAAAUAGUGGGCAACAAAAUCUAUGAAGAUAGCUCAGAAUCGAAUGGUGAAGACACAAAGACGGAAGACAACGCCAGAGACCUACCUUUGUCAAGUUGUACAUUGGAAAAGAAAGGAAAAUGUGUAACUCGAAAAUUGGCAGCACCUAGAAGAAUUGGUCGUAAAAAGCCAAAAGAAGGUGCAAAAGAUGUUAAUCAUGCUGAAGAAAUGAGAGAGAGAUAUAGCGUAAAGACAUCUCGGGAGGAUGAUGAAAUGGUGAAAAAAUAUAUACAAAUGAGUUGUGAACUUUGUACUUUUAUCAGCGAGGAUUAUACCUCAAUAAGAAAGCAUUUUCAAAUACAGCAUCCCAAGAUUAAAUCAUAUGUGCGCUGUUGUAAUAAAAAACUAUUCCAUCGACCUGAAAUUGUUCAACAUGCCUACAAACAUCAUGACCCCGAAUUCUUUAAGUGCAAAGUUUGCCAGAAACUUUUUUCCGAACAAGCAUCACUAUCACGCCACAUGAUUGCCGCACAUGCACCGGAAGAAGAAUUGAAAUUCCACUGCGACCAAUGCCCCAAAAGAUUCUCACGACAAAAAAAGCUUGAACUCCAUAGGAAUUCGCAUGUACCGAAGAAUGAGCGAACAUUCAUAUGUGACCAAUGUCCCGACAGUCGCUACGCUAGCAAUGAUUUAUUGAAAAUUCACAUUUGCAUGUGCCAUCGUCGUGCAACAAACGUUUGUCAUGUAUGUGCUAAAGAGAUACGUGACAAAGCUUCAUUCGAGAAGCAUGUGCGCUUACAUUUCGAAGAUAGCGGUCCAAAGGUUAAAUGUACAAUAGAAGGUUGUGACCGUUGGCUUAAGGACGAGGAUAACCUUCGACGACAUAUCCGAAGAUCACAUACCAAAGAGGAGAAAGCAGUACAGUGUGAUAUAUGCGGACGGGAAUGUAAGAAUAAGUGUGCAUUAAGUAGACACAAACGGCGAGUUCAUUCCAACAUCGUAUUCACUUGCGAAGAAUGUAAAAAAACCUUUAAACGAGCGAUUUACUUACGGGAACACAUGACUCAGCAUACUGGUGAAAUUCUCUACAAAUGUCCAUUUUGUACACGCACAUUCAAUUCCAAUGCAAAUAUGCACUCACACAAAAAGAAAAUGCACCCCAUAGAAUGGGACAAUUGGCGAAAAACAAAUAAUGUGAGUUCGCAGCAUUUUAUGGAGCAGCAAAAAAGUUUACAAAGCUUGAAUGUUCCACCUAUCCAGUGAUAAGCAAUAUGUUAUGUUCAGUUAAAAUGUACAGGAUAACACUGGUGAAAAAUUUGUCAUUUAUUUAAAUACGGGUACUAAGACUUCGCCAAAUUAACUGAACUUAGAAUCCCAAAAGCGUACAAUUAUAUGGAUUAAAAAUCAUCAAGUUAUUAAUAAAAAUUAUAUUAUGUUGAAACAA